UUUUCAGUCCAACUCAGUUCGUUGCUCGGAAUGGAUAUGUAAUAAAAAGCGCGUUGUCUGUGAUGUGUCCGGUUCGUGAGGCUAGUUUUUUGAGAACAAAAAAGAAAAACAUACGUUCCAAUGCCGUGAGUUGUUCUAGAUCGGUACGAUUUGUGUUGUUGGCAUACUGAGCGCUAUUGCUAUGGUUCGUACUAAAGUUAAUCGCAGUUGUGUUCUUUGCAACGUUUAAUUACAGUUGAUCGUGAGUUGAUCUUUAUAGCCAUUUCCACGGAAGCAUCCUGUGAUCGAUAUUAUUCUUAGAAACCAUAUGCAUAACGCUAACCAUGAUGCCGAGAUCAUUUGUGUACGUUUGUGGCCCUUCAACUCCAUUGAUGGAUGCUGUCUGAUGUUUGUGGAUAAAUCAACCAGUUCUGUAUCAAGUGGUGAUGGGUGAUCAUUUCGAAACGCCUUAUUUAUGAAUCAACGGGAUUCGAGGUUUGUGCCAUUUCGUGCUGUUUUGGCUUAAUUGAGCCAAUUAAGAUAGUGAGAUGAGUGGGGGAGUGAAUGAAAGGCACACAGUUGCUUGGUUACCAUACCAGUAGUCAGUGAAAAUUCGAAUUUUUAUCGGCGAUCUGUAAUUGCUCUACAGCAUUCAGUAAUCACCGCUGGUCCGUUAAAGUGUGGAUGAAACCAGUUUGACCGAAAUAAAACAACUACCGAGUGAAGAUUGUAGUACAAAAGAAGAGAAAUUCAUCAUUGUUUUCGAAAAAGGAAAUUGAACAUGUCCCCAGGAUAAGCAGAAAUUUGGUUAUUUUGGUCCAUAACGUGAUGUGAUGUAUUGCUAUGGUCAGGGAAGGCUAUAUUGUUUAAUGGUCUGAAUGGAACCCAGCAGUGGUAACGACUGGAGAUCCCAAACGGGACGCUCAUUCAAUGAAAGGAACUUAAAUUGUGCUAUUGUGUGAUUUAUUAAAUGAAAGCUAGUCCUGUGAGAGAGAAAUAGAGUUUUACGACUAUGACGGUUCAGUCGAACUUAGAUUCGCCACAGCUGCACCACCGGGCGGCCAUGGAUCGCUACCACCAGCACCAUGAUCCGGCCUACAACAUCACCAGCGCCGAGACGGAUGAUUACAAUAGCGAUAAUAGCAUUGCGGUUCUACAGCAUCAUCAUCGUUACAUGCCGUCCAGUUCCAGCUCUUGUGAUAACACCAAACAGCAUCCGAUGCAGUGCUCCAGUGUGCACGGAUCGUGUGAUGAAAAUACCCCUAGUGUAUUAGAUAUUAAUAUAGAUAAUAAGAAAAUAACACUAUCCAAUCCAAAUAAUUCGAGACUGAACUCACCCGCCCGGUUCGAGAAUGAGCGGAAGUACACUAAUCACAUCGAGGUGUACAGCGAUAGCACCAACAAAUUGGAAGAAGAGAUUUCUGAAGAUGACCGAGGACCACCGCUUCCCCCGCGACCAGCGCCGAGAACACGAACCCUGCAGCGAGUGGAAAGUGCUCCUACGGCUUCUGGUGUGCGGAAAUACGUCAUCUGGUGUCUGAUAUGUGGGGGUAUAUCCUGCCUGUUAGGAAUCCUGUUCCUAGGAAUAUAUUUUCUGCUACGAUCGUAUACCAGUACCGUUGGUUACUUCGAAACUGUGCCAACGUUCGUUCCCGCUACACUGCUAAUGGUCACUGGAAUAUGUAUAAUGAGUUUGGCGAGGCGGAGGAAUCGUUACAGUUAUCUGAUAAAACUCUCCGGGGCCUGUGGACUCGCAUCGGCCCUCACGUGUGCACUGGUUACGGUUACCACCACGGUGUUGCACAUGAGCCGGCUUCAGGUACUCCGCGAGUGCGAAUACACCCAGAAGACUCGCACCUGUACGUGCUACUCGGUAACAGCUGAGAAGCAGGCGGAAGGAAUCGACGACAACGUUCGCUUCGUGUUCGAUUCCACCUCGGACUGCGGGGUUGUCCACGGGGCUUUGUAUUCCUGCCUGAGGGCCGUAUUUGGCCUCUCGGUCGCCGGAGUCCUUGUGGCGGUUUUCAGCUGCAUGCUAGUCUAUCAACUGUUAAGCCACGAACGUAAGAAGAUGUACUGGGAACAAUUGGAGCUGAGGUGCCGGUCGUUGUACUCUGGCCAACCGGGUCCGUCAGUGCUACCUUCCGGGUCGAUGCUGGGAGGAGCCCGAAAUGGAAAUUGUCGUUGUUGUGAGCAAUGCCAUGCUCAUAGAAACGUGAUGCCGUCGGCAUACCCGUGGGAGGGAGAUCAGCGAUUUUGGGCCCCUGGACAGGCGGGGAAUUUUUAUUCGCCUAACCCUGGGGGUGAGGAAGCCGCCGGAGGGAACCGGAUGAACCAAAACGGACGAAGAAUGCCGGGCUGGAGCUGGCCACGGAUGCCGUGGCAACGGAAUGAUUCCCAACGGAUGUCUCCCCACAGUCCCGAUUCUCAGUAUGGGUUUUCGAAUAGAACCAAUGGUGCGGAUCCGACGUCUAUAGCGAAUAACCAACCUCGGUAUAACGUGAUCGAGCAACAGUAUGGUAUAUGGGGACCACCUCCACCAUAUAGUGAUCCAAACAGUCCAGCCCGAAGAGGCCGCUAUCAGUAUAUCCAUCCAACUCAAUGCCAGCCAAUGGGCGAAACCAACGCACCGCCCACCAACAUCGCUAUUUUGGAAUGUCACCAACACCCAAUGGCUUCCGAGAGCCACGCGAAUCAUCAGUUUAAUGGUUCAACUCAACAAAAUGGUUUCCGGAAUCCUGGGAAACGUCAAGCAUUCAAACCAGCGAAAGAUAACUAUGAAAACACCCCAUCGGAUAGUGAUGGUCCAAGAGAUCGAUUCUCGAAUACCUUACCGCUGAGAAAGACUAAAAAGCGUGUAGAAGCAGGGGCGAAAAGUAUCGGUCCUAAUCAACCGGCCGCACGAGUGAAUGUGCAGAAUGUGUUCAACGCUAAAUCGUCGAAUGGUCAACAAAACUCCGUCGAAACUUCCGAGAAUGAAUAUAACGAACCUUCUCUGCCAAGUAACGAACCAAGUUGUAGUAGUCAGCCGGCGCAGAUUCAUGCUAAAAGCAAGAGGAUAAAGGCGGGCGUUGAAAACACUGGUUUUCAGACGGUCGAAGCUCUAGAGGCUGAUGCUAUGAACGGUAAAAUUAUGGAACCGACCGAAUCGGAAGUUUAUUUCGCUGAUGUCAGUAGUUGUUGUAAUAUGUCGGUGAAAAACGACAAUUACUACGAAGAUGCUAACCAAAGACGCAAAAAUAUGAAGGAUAAAAAUAUGCAAAUUCAGGAACAGGAACAAUUCAAUAAGGACCAAGCCGAUGAGUAUAUCGCACAGAGAUUUGGCAAACGAGAGCCAUCCGUCCGCAGCCGGUUACCCUUCCCGCAGAUUAUUCCGGAGGCUUACGAGAAGCCUAUGGUUAUGCCCCGUCCCUCCUUGAUCCAUAAAGACAUCUCGCGGCAGAGCAUGUGUUCUGUGGAGUCAGGCGAGAAAACCGAUUACACCGAUUUGUCUCCUGCCACCCCAAGUACAAAUUUUCCAUCGGUGACGUAUCCGCAGCAGGAAUUUAACAAUAACUUCAACGUGCCAAAUCAAUCCAACGGCAGCAGCAGCACUGGUGGUGGUCAUCCCAACGUUCCGGUCGAUUUCUUGUCAGAGCCCAACAGCUCAAACUUCAUUGCGUCCUAUCCAUACUCGUCAAACGAACAAAGCCAGGAAGCCCACCGUCGCUCGACGAAAAAUUUGCAAGACAUCUUUCUGGCACCUGACUCCCAGUACGAGGUAAUCAAGGAUACCAGUAAGUACAAUGAAUCAACUCCGCUAACUUUGUCCUACAUGACCCAGCAGGACAUGUCUGCCCAGUUUGCCUAUCUGCCGAGUAAGCUGCCACCUCCACCUCAGUCACGUGAUCACGUCAGCUUCCAGCAGCAACAACAACAACAACAACAACAAACCUCACAACAGCUCAAGCCGAAGUCCCCCAAGAACCUGAAUAUAACCCCAAUAAAGCGACAAAGUUUGGGCACCAACAUAAGCUCCAUCAUUCAGAAUCUCAGCGGCAGCGAAUCGGGUUUGCUGUAUCCGGACGGACGACACAGCCAUAGUCAGGGUUCGCCCGGCCUGCAAGUGGCCAGUGGCGGCAGCAGUAGCAAUUCUGCUGGUGCGGGAUCAAGUGGGCUGCGGGAUGUGGAAUGUAACAACAACCAGGGAGUUCUAGAGGAUGAUGGUAAUGGUAGCAGCAGCAAUGACGAGAACGACGCCUCCGAUCUAGGCGAUCGACAACGAUUGUGAGAUGAAGUAUUCGUGUGAGUAGAUGGUUUUUGAAAGCACACACACGCUCCGGUUACGGUUACGCGAGAAUCUUAUAUAGGGUAGAUAGGAGCAAUAUGGUUCCCCUAAGAACGAAACGUCCUAAAUCAUGUAGGAAGAUUUAUAAAUUAGUCUAAAUGUUAAAAUCUCACGAUUUGAAACCUUAUUGAUCGAUGUACACUGUACGAAUAUGCUUUAAAAAAAAAUUAUGUGGAAAAUUUGCUUCAAAAAUGUGUUCCAUUUCCGUCGAUCGUAAGCACUACGGGGAAAAAUGGGCCACCAUGCGGGGCAAUAUGACCAUGUUAGUUGAUUCACGUGUAUUUCAUCGGAUUGCAUUCAACAUGUACAAAAAAUAACAAUGUUAUCAAAGUGAUCGGACUGCAAUGGCGGGUUACUAGGUUGUCACCCCUCCACAAUAAUUAGUUUUUGUUUUUGAAUGAAAAAUCAAACUUAUCUAAACAAGAAACGUUGGUCACUGGAACUGACAGUUACACAAAAUAAGAAAAAUAAUAAAAUGCGGUUUAUUUGUGGAUGUCGAAAUGUGACUCAAAUAAAUCUCAUGGAAUAAAUAUCGUUGGUAGCUGAGACCGACAUUGAUAUUGUACAAGCGUAUUCGCUCUCUUGUUGCGGGCUCAAUGAAAUGGCCAGUAAUAACGGUACGGGGCUCAACGUAUUGAACAUGUCUAACCCAUCGUUGACUGUAAAUUAAUUCAACUCUGGUAAGCCUCUCCACAAGAUGACACAGAAACAGCUACAAAUUCACAUUCGGAACCGAUUCUGGAAGUCCCACUUCAUGAUGAAUUGUAACACAUCCAAUGCAAUCUCAAUGAUGACUUCAUUAGAAUUAAUUCCAGCGGCCUUCAAAUGACUACGGAGACUUGGUCACUCUAAUAUUCCCUUUUCCAUCGUUGGAUCGGGUCCGGAAGGUCUUUCGCCUGGUUUGCUCAGCUUAUGAUUAAUUCUCCUUUUAGUAGAAAAUUUGUUAAAGGUUGGAUUUUAAUAGAACCUUCUUAAUGGCCGUUUCGACAAGACUGUUCCUUUCAACAGUGAAAAAAUAUAUCAGUGCUGGUAGAAGGGACUGUGAACUUGGUCCAGUAUUUGAGUGGUACAAUACUUCAGUGGCUGUGAUCAGCUCAUAAAUUGAGCAUUUAUGUAGCAUUAUAAUGAGCACUCCAUCGAGUUUGCGAGUUUUUUUAGCAACACACCUGUAUGGCUCAGAAACAUCAGGCAGCAAUUAGUUAAACUGUGAAAACCAGAUUAAGCAGUUCUAAAAAUGUCACACAUUGUAGAUUCUUUGCAAAAUCAUGUGGUCGUCAUGAACCCAAAGAAUUGUCUACAAACCCAUUAAUGUUUUGAUGAUUAAUGCUGAUCGUCCCAUCCGCCCCGUCUACACUACGCUACUGGUCUGACCAAAUUGUUCAAGAGUAAAAACAGGACACGUUAGUCAAAAAAAAAAAUUCUAAUAUUUUUUGGAAAAUGUUAUUGAAUGAAUAAAACCAAACAAACAAUCAUUCUUAGAUGGAACGGCUUUGUUCCCUAUUACAAAGGAAAUUAUAAUUCUUCUAAUAAUUGUCCACUCAUCAAACAAAAUGUUUUCAUCUAUCUGAACAGGAAGUUUUUACUGAUGCUACUUUGGAUCUCUCUCCAUUCAGGAAUAGAAUUUGAUACAAUCAAUGAACUCUGUUGUUUUCCUCCUAGACCACCCUUCCAAUUUUCAAUGUACUCCAACGCAGUAUCGUAAAACAUUUCCACAGUUUCACAUUCUGCGAAAUAUAUACCGGGACUUGUGUUUUUAAAGCAAAUGCUUCAUUUAUCAUCUAAAUUUAUAUUAUCGCCUUCAAAAUAGGGACCUUCUGAAACAUUACAAUUUUUCCAACGAACAAUCCAGUCAUCGAAACACUUUUUAUAGCUGUAUUCAGGAAUUGCCUACCCUUUAUGUUUUCAAUGCUGUUGAAACGGGUCCCACGAAGCGGUAAUUUGAAUAUCGGAAAUAGGGAAAGUCACACGGGGCCAUAUCUGGAGAGUAAGGUGCUUAUUGAAUCACAUUCGUGUCAUUUUCAAAAUUCGUUCAUAAUGAUUGAUCGAUGAGCUGGUGCAAAAUCCAAGUUUUAUUCUUCCACAAAUCUGGCCGUUUGUGACGAGUUUUCUCUUUCAAAUGCCCCAUAACCGCAAAUUGACCUUUUGGUCCUUCUGAAGGAAUUCCGGACGGGCAACACCACGAAUAUCGAAGAAAACAUUCAGCAUUAUCUUCUCUUUUGAUACGAUUCUCUUCACUUCGACGUGGUUUUUCGGAUUCGAUGCGUUGGAUUAACGUGGGAUCACCCGAUUGAAUUUUUGAAAAGAAAUCGUUAAGCAAAAAAAAGUUAACUUGUUCCUAAUGACGCUGUGAACAAACCAAAUGACAGAUUGCGCUCAUAAUUGGCAUUAAGACAACCGACAGUAAUACCAACUUAAAACAUAGAAAAAAAAUGGAAAAUGUUCAGCGGGAGGAUUUAAAAUUACAAAUUCCCGGUAAAUAUUUAACAGAAUGUAUGAACUCAGCCUCCUGAUCAAAAUACGGUACAGAAUGCAAAAAAAUACGGGACAAUAAAAAAAUGGUCGAAGAAACGGUACUGUCGCGUUAAAUACGGUACGUUUGGUCAGUCUCAUAGGGUGUCCUGUGGAAGACUCUAUAAUAGUUAUUCCGUGCUCAGCACCAAGCGUUCAGCUGAAUUUACCAGCAAUUAAAAGAAAUAACCGGCUAACUGGUUUUGGCUAUUGAAAGGGUGAUAAAUACCAUUUCUUUCGGCCAAAUCACUCGCCAGCUUCCGAAUUUCUUUUGUCGUAAUACCGUAGAACCGUUGUUCCAUAGAGAUAAUAUAAUCUACAAGCUCGUUCUCUUGCUCCAUCUUAAAAACAUUACUAAAUAAUCCGAGCAACUGGAACUGCAAAGGAUCUGCACAACGCAAAAAACGUUUAAGUGUUUCUCGUGGGACACAAUGCACUAAGGCUGCAUGUCGCACUGAGGUAUCACUAUUCACUGCUUAGAUGGCCGCGUUCAAGCUAAUCUGUGACCACUUUUUACGAUCGGAUGUUCUGGUUAAUUGUGCACCAUGAUUCCACAUCUAACUAUUUCCAACUAUGUUUACAAAUUUUGACAACUGUAUUUACAGGUUAUGUUGAAAAAAAUACCUGGUCAUACUGCCCCAAGCAGUUAUGCCCAUUGCGCCCCGUACAUUCACGCUCAAUAAAACUGAAUUGCUCUUCCACAUGAAACGGCAAAGCAGCGCAAUAAAUGAGUCGAAAUGUUCAGAAAUAAUACCAGUACGAUUUGAUAUAAAGAACAGAGUCAUUAAUUUCAGUAUGAAGCGUACAGAGCUUAUUUGGUUGACUGCUUUUUUAUAUGGUUUUCGUGAUAAUCAGUCAGUGUGAAAUUUCUCUCAAUAUCUUUAUAAAACAAUUGAAUUUGAAUAUAGUUUUCACGGAGACACAUAAUAAGAGUAUUUCUAACACAAUUGUUGGGAAAUAGAUGUUAUUGGUUCCAUAACAAGCCCAAACAAAAGGUGGCCCAUUUCGCCCCGCCUGGUCAUAUUUCCCCUAUCUAUCCUAUAUGUAUUUUGAGUUUCGAUUGCGACACGAGAUACGCAUCAAACCAAGCAAAAAGCGUGUUCCAAUAGUGUUAACAACAGCUGUAUAGUGAUAGUUCCCUCCAUCCUUCCCCAAAAAAAAAAAAAAAAAAGAAACUGAUGAUUGUUAACGUUUGAAAGCGAAAAGUUAUACAAUGUGUUGCAUAAAGUAGUUCUUAUUUGGCCAAUUUAUUCAGUAAGCUUAGCGAAUAACACAAUAGACGGUAGGCAUUUAUGCAAUAACAACCCCUUUCGAGUGGGAGAUGAUAUUUGUCUCAUAAAGUAGUGUAAUAUGGAAUCCCAAAUGCUUGGAAUCACCAUCGGUAUUCGGUAAAUAUAGGACAUCAUGUUGGCAACAGUGCGUAGCCUAAUUUUUCCCAACGAGCUUCAGUUAAAUAUUUUUAGAAACAUUAUUUCUUUCCAACUAUGUUGUAAAUCAUUCAAGUAUCAUUUGUGUUAACAAUGAAUAGCGAUAAUAGUUAUCGAUAAGCUCUCGAUUUCCGCAAAUUGUGUGAAUCUAGAUUGUAUCUCAUUACACAAAUUUAGUUAAUAUGGUAUGAAUUAAUCUCAAGUCAGCUAUUAUUUCAAUUUUUUCUGUCAAACUAAUAGCUUAAUUACAGCGUACGAUUUGUAGAGAUAAUUUUCCAUUACACGAUCGGUUGAUUAUGUUCAUGGAAAUGAAACAAAGAAACGAACUACUUGGUAGUCUGCAUGUUUUAUACGACGUGAGGUACGUUAAAAAUAACAAUGAAUAAAGUUUUUGUAAUUUAUUUAGUACCAUAUGAAAAUGUUUAUAGAUUCUUUUGAAUAUAUAUAUGUUUCGGCUAUUCUUAUUAUAAAGGCAUUUAUUAAAACAACUUAAGCUUCUGUUUUACGAAAACUCACGAUUCGUUUGUAGAUAUGUUGAUAAAUAUAAGCAAGCAAGAGGAUAAUGCGCUCAUGAUAUUCUUAUACAUAAAAGUGAAUUGCGACAGUGGUACACAAAACCAAUAAAACAAUGAAUUUAAUUAUUUGAA